CUUUCUGACUUUGAAUGAACGGACCAACGAAUGAAUCUUCCUCGUCCACCUCAUCCUCACCAGCUGCAAAUUGCUUCAUUUUCAUCUGAGACGAGAUGAGAGCGCAUCAGCUAGAGGCUAGACGAAGAGGACGAUCUCACCGACAUCUAUCAUCAUUCCACGGCUGAUCUGGUCAUUUCCCGUCUUGAUAGUGCUUUUGAUUGAUGCCGUUUAUUGUUGUCAAAAUUGGAUUGUUACCACCACUACCACCACCGUAUCGCUUCCAGCUCAUAGACAUGCACCAGGGUAAGAGUGGGAGUUUUGUGUCCAGGAAUAAUCCGGGUAUUAAUUCCAACGCUACUACUGCUCCUGCUAACAACACUAAUAAAUCUCAGAGGAGAUUGAGCUUGUGCUCUCAAAUAGCCACGCACUCUUCCCCAAUUGUUUUCCCUGAGAAACAGAAACGCAGCAAGAAGCUCAAGGCUGCCUCUUCCAAUUCCAGGAGUAGUACUGAGGCCGUUGAUGAUGACCCGUUUCCAUUCAACCAACCCAAGAUUGAUGAGCACAGAAUAGACAUAGGUGGAGGAGCAGCUGCAGGAGGAGAUGAAAACUCCGAUUUGUUAGGCUAUGCUGUCUUAUCUGGGAAACUCAUUUUGGAUAAAAGAAACACCUCUUCCUCUUCCUCCUAUCAUACCAGUACUACGAAGGAUCAAGCUGACGUCACCAACCAACAAGCAGUUGAUGCUAAGCUUACAAGCAAAGCUUUAGUUUGGGGUUCUCAUAUGCUCCAUCUUGAGCAUGUCAUCUCGGUAUCAUACAAUGUUGGUCUCAGACAUUUUACAGUGCAUUCUUAUCCCAUAAAAAAGAGCUCUUGUGGGCUGUCUUGCUUUAUGAAGCCUAAAAGAACUCGCAGAGACUACCGUUUCUUGGCUUCUAGCGUGGAAGAGGCCCUUCAAUGGGUUGGUGGAUUUGCUGAUCAGCAAUGCUAUAUUAAUUGUUUGCCCCAUCCCUUGGCUUCAUCGAAGAAGCAAGCUUCUUCUGAGUUACUUCCCACUGACCCCCCGCCUGAACUGCUCUUCAAGUGCAAGAGCCCUCCCAAAAUGCUGGUCAUAUUAAAUCCACGCUCGGGGCGCGGUCGUUCAACUAAAGUUUUCCAUGGAAUUGUGGAACCAAUAUUUAAGCUAGCGGGGUUCAAAUUGGAGGUAGUCAAAACAACGUCUGCUGGCCAUGCUAAAAAGCUUGCUUCAACUGUUGAUAUCAGCACUUGUCCUGAUGGAAUUAUAUGCGUUGGUGGUGAUGGAAUAAUUAAUGAGGUUCUAAAUGGUCUGCUUAUUAGGGAUAACCAGAAAGAAGGGAUUUCGAUACCAAUUGGAAUUAUACCUGCUGGUUCAGAUAAUUCACUUAUUUGGACUGUUCUAGGGGUUAGAGAUCCAAUUUCGGCUGCCAUAUCUAUUGUGAAGGGGGGUCUCACUGCUACAGAUGUUUUUGCUGUCGAGUGGAUACAUUCUGGUGUUAUACACUUUGGAAUGACAGUCUCAUAUUAUGGCUUUGUCAGUGAUGUGUUGGAACUUUCUGAGAAAUAUCAGAAACGCUUUGGUCCAUUGCGAUAUUUUGUUGCUGGAUUUCUCAAGUUCUUAUGCUUGCCAAAGUACAGCUAUGAAGUGGAAUAUCUUCCUGCAUCAAGAGAGGACAGGGAUGGAAAACAGUCAGCUGAGAGAGACAUAGUUGACAUGUCAGACUUGUACACUGAUGUGAUGAGGAGAUCUAACAAAGAUGGCAUACCCAGAGCCUCUAGUUUAUCAAGUAUCGACUCAAUAAUGACUCCAAGUCGAAUGUCUGGAGGGGACUUGGAUACAACCUGCAGUAGCACUCGUGCUAGCACUGAACCAUCUGAGUAUGUGCGUGGCUUGGAUCCAAAAGCAAAACGCCUGUCAUCAGGGAGGACAAAUGUUAUGGCAGAGCCAGAAGUUAUUCAUCCACAAUUACCACUGUCAACAACUCCAAACUGGCCAAGGACUAGGUCAAAGUCGAGGGCCGAUAAAGGAUGGACAGGAUUGACUUCUACACAUGAUCCUUCUCGAUGUUCUUGGGGAAAUGCCGCACCAAAUGAUAGAGAGGAUAUAUCUUCAACAUUAUCUGAUCCUGGUCCAAUUUGGGAUGCUGAACCAAAGUGGGAUACUGAACCUAAUUGGGAUGUUGAAAAUCCUAUUGAAUUGCCAGGGCCAUCAGAUGAUAUAGAACCAGGAACGAAAAAGGAAGUAAUUCCUAGGUUUGAGGAUAAAUGGGAAUUUAGAAAGGGACAAUUUCUUGGUAUCAUGGUUUGCAACCAUGCUUGCAGAACUGUUCAGAGUUCUCAGGUGGUAGCACCGAGGGCUGAGCAUGAUGACAACACCAUGGAUAUGCUCUUAGUUCAUGGUAGUGGGCGACUGAGGCUACUGAGAUUUUUCUUGCUAUUGCAGAUGGGUCAACAUCUUUCUCUCCCAUAUGUUGAAUAUAUUAAGGUAAAAUCUGUGAAGAUAAAAGCGGGGAAGCACACACACAAUGGUUGUGGAAUUGAUGGUGAGCUCUUUCAACUUAAUGGGCAGGUAAUAUCUUCUUUGCUGCCAGAGCAGUGCAGACUCAUUGGCCGGUCCCCAAACCAUCCCAUGUAACAAUCAUGAGGCCUCGCUCUACGUUUCUUUGAAAGAAAAGGGGACUUCACUCUCUUUGCGAGUUGUGGUUUUGAUAUAUGCAUAGAUCCUGGAACCAGAGAAGAAAAAAUUGUGGCCCUUUUUUCGUCUUUUUUUAUUUAUUUUUUUUCAUUUGAAGCCCCAUCAUCACCAUUGAGUCAUUUGAGAUCCCUGUAAAUUUUUUGUGCGGUUAUGUGUAUUAGUUGCUGCUUGCUUAUUUUAUUAUGUCCUUUUAGUUUGCCUAUAUACGCUGCCCUCUUUCUUUUGUUGGCAUGAGGUGCUUCUUGUAUUGGAAAACACCAUUCCCUUUCUUCUGUGAUUAUAACCGAAAUUGUUCAUGUCAUUGUGAUAUUGUAAAGCAUUUGGUUCUCUUUCGA